ACAUUUGUCUAUGAGUGCAACCCACGGGUCAAGUAUUGUAAGCUUAAGGCAGGCGUCGAGCGCCAUCUUCAAUUAAGCGUUGACACGGAGAGCAAUGAAUAAUAAGCGUGUGGACUUCAAAUCUUCACAGGCAUGUGGGAAUCAAUUAAGAAUUUCUUGCGACGACACAAGCGAAAAUUUUUUGUCACAGGCGCGGUUUUUGGAGGUGCAGUUUUACUUUGGAAAUUUGCACAGUGGAAGCUACAACAGUGGAAAGAUCAGGAGACCAAAGACUGCCUAGCAAUGGCUAGGAGACAACAUCACUUUGACAGUAAUCAGCGUACCUGCAACAUGACAGUGCUAUCCAUGUUACCAAAGCUGAAGGAAGCCAUCAGACACAUGUUGAAUUCAGAAAAGAUUGUUGAGGCCCUGAAUAAGAAGCCAGAGAACAGGGUUGAUCUGUGGAAGGAAUUGAAGAUUGUCAGCUUCUGCCGCACAGUAGCAUCAGUCUACAGUACAGCAAUGCUGGUAGUAUUCCUGAGGGUACAACUUAAUAUCAUUGGUGGUUACAUGUAUCUGGAUACUCUGCCUGGGAAAAAUGGAAUGAAUAAAGAAAGGGUACUAGCAACACCAGAGGUGCAGCAAAGAUACCUGUCUAAUGUACAGUACCUUCUGAAUGAUGGUAUGUUCAGCCUGGUAUCUGCAGUAAAGGAGGCUGUGACCAAUGUCCUUGCAAGUAUGCCAUUGCAAAAGAAGCUUGGCCUACGAGACAUUGAGAGACUGUGUAGCAGUAUAAGAUGCCAGGUGGAAGCAGCUAAACUUGGGGAACAAGGCUCUGGAAUGGAAUGCACUAUUCAUCCACUGGUAAGGUACAUGGUGCCUGUGGAGGAAGAUGAUGGUCUGGGUCAAGACUCAGCUUGUCAUAUACUAGAAGAACAACUCAUUAUCAGCAAGCUCAUGCUAGAGACAAGAGACAUGUUGGAAAGCUCGGACUUCCAUAGUGUUCUCAACACUUGCUUAGACAUUGGCUUCAGCCGAGUGCUUGACAACAUGGCUGAAUUCUUCAGACCUUGUGCAGGAUCGGACCUGCAGUCAUCAGGACCAAGCUGUGUGCAGCUCCCUCUUGCAAAAAUCAUUCCAAUCAUCAACAGCCAAAUCGACUCAAUAUGUGGUGACACACCAAACCCAUUCAUACAGGAGCUGCUGCUGAUGAAAUGUGUGAAAGACUUUGCUGCCAAUGUCUAUGAAGCUUUCAGUCAACUCCCCCCAGACCCAACACAUGAUCCAUAAAUAAAGUCCACUAGUGCAUUCAAACAGAUUCAUAUAAAGGCUUUGUUACUGGUUUGCUAAACUUGUUUAACCUUAUCAUCUCCAGUGUGUGUCCAAAUUUAUUGUGAACUUUUUACCAACUGGCUACGUAGUAGUUUACAACAGAUUCUGUUCAUAGAUAUCCCAAAGGAAAUACGUUUUUGUAGGCUGUAUAGACAAUGUAAAGACUGCAUUGAAAGCGAUUCAAUUUUACUUUACAUGUAAUGUGUGUGUUUGGUGUUUCAAGGAAGUUUGGUGGAUUGUAUCCUUUGGAGCUGGAAGUCUUUCAGUUUGCUUGUAUGUCAAAGGAUAUUUUCAUUUUCUUGCAUCCUUGCUGUCAUGGAUUAAUAAGUCCCAUGAUUUCAAAGCAAAAAGGAGUGCUGUUGUCAAGAUGGCAUGAUUAAGCAGUGAAACGUGUUGUUAAGAUAUCACUAAGGAAAGAGAGUUAGAUUUGUGGAAGAUAAUCCUACUGUUUCAUAAUUUAGUAAUCCACUUCAGUGAUUUGUCAGUUGAAGUUAGCUUUUGCCAAAAAUGUAUUAAGGUUAUGAGACCAACCAAGCAAAUAGAGAUUUGUGGCUUUUGCAUUUUAAACAGUGUUGCUGAGUUAGUAGCUGUAAGUGUACAAGAUAUCAUUGAAAAUCUUUAAAACACAUUCAUAAAUACCUGGGAUAGUUUUCUAUUCCUGUUCAUCAAAAUGCAUCAUGUGACCAUGUAUUAACAUUUGAUAAUGCCUGCCGUGAAGUAAUAAUAAACCUGUUCACCAAUAAAUUCAUAAUUAUGCAGGCAUGCGCACAAAUGGCAUUUGCGGCAAGAAGUGUGAGUUGGCUGUUGAAAAUGUCCAGGGGUGCGACUUUGAUGAUCAUUUUCUUGCUGGUUUUCUGACUUUGUUCGUUUUUUUUCUUGAGAAAAUCCUAUUAAAUUGUUUAGUUUUUAAUUGAAGUGGAAUUCUUAGUGCUGUGUAAAAAGUUUUUAAAAUCGUAACUUUUCUGUGCGCACGAGAUCAUCAUUUGUUAGGACACUGAACACUGAUUCUGCAGCUAGGGCAUUGGUCGUAUCCAUUCUCCUGAGCUGGUCUCAAGCACAUAUUGUGGGAGGGAUAUUUGCUUUUUUUUUCUUUUGUUCUUGCUGUGUGUUUUAACAUCAAGAAUUAAGAAUCAUUAUAUCCCUCAGAAAAUUAAUGUUUUUAAUUUACAGUUUUUCACUUCAGGUUAUGGCAAAAUAAAAUAUUACCAAGGUGAUUUUCAGUGCUUCGCUUUCUUUCAGCAGUUCAAAGACUUUAUCACACAUACCCCUCUUCAAUUUGGGCUCAAUGUCUAUUAAUGCAAGUCAUAUUCUUAAUAUAAUACUGCAUUGCUGUGUUUGAGCUACCACAUUUCGUGGUUAGCCUUCAUGCAUUACGAAACUUGAAUUAGUGCUAGACUGUAUUUAUAUGCAUAUUACAAAUGUUUUAUUGCCCCCAGACGUGAGGUCUCAGUUCACUUUUUAUACAGUGUACUUGGAAAAUUUCUAGCAAAGCAAAAGGCAGCCCUAGGUGACUUUGUUCAAAUGGAAUCUGUUCAAGAAAUGUGCUGUUUUUCUUAUAAAAAACGGUGUAUUGUCACUGGUCACAACACUUUUAAAGUCACUACAAGUCAUUCGUGGAAUCUUCUUUUUUGUACAAUGCCCACAACUUGCUUUGUUGUAUUCCAUUUCCAUCACACGUCUUUUCACAAGUCCAUUCACCAGGCCAGUCAUAAGUAACAGGGUGAACAACGACAACAAAUGGUUUUGUCAAAGCUCAUUUGAAAAACUUGUGAACUGGCUUAAGACUGAAUGACUUGUGAUGAAGGACUUGUAGGGUCUUAUGAUGGAGUUAAAUACAACACGGUCAUUUUUAAUAAUUCGCAGCAGAACCUCUCGAGUUUGAGUCGAGAGCUUGUCAAAUAUUAUUGGAACCAGUAACAUCCGCACUGCAGAUGUAUUUGUCAUCGUUAUACAUGUACAUAUGACUAGUUUUGUACCCUCGGAUUUGUUUUCACAUGCAUUAACUAGUGGGAUUGCUUGCACCAACUCUGAAGAUAUUAUCACUUACAUUGAAAUAUUUUUAGUAAAAGAAAAAAUGAUACUGUGUUUUAUAGCUGCAUGCCGUUUUACAGAAUACAAAUGGAAAGCUUCAGGUUACAUGUAAUGAAAAAUUUCUGAUUUUGAGUAGCCAUAAUCAUCAGGCGGCAGAUAUUUUUUCAUAUUUCGUUUUGCAAACAAGAUUUGUGUUCAUUGAUUAACAGAGUCGUUCCCAGUCGUUUUCUAUUUUAUUUUCGUCUUGAAUGCUAUAAUUUAAAAUCUACUCAAAGUCAGUUUGUAAAUUAAUUGUGGAUAUAAAAUUUGGAUAUUUCAUAAUUCAAAA